AUGAAAGUACUCCCACGUUCAACCAUACUAAACCUCAUAGAUAACGGUAAAGUCAUCAUCAUAUACAAAGACAAUGUCCUAAACCUCACUCCUUGGAUUCCCUACCAUCCCGGUGGCGACAAAGCCGUGCUUCAUAUGAUCGGUAGAGAUGCCACUGAUGAGAUGCUCGCUUAUCAUUGUCAAGAGACCGUUGAUUCCUUCAUGAAAUAUCGUAUAGGUGUGAUAGAUUAUCCUUGGGAAAACUUACUACCACCCAUUCAAGGUGGAAACUAUGGUACCCCCAAUUCUAACGCCAGAGUUUCCGCCAAAGUACCCCAAAAUGUAAUGGUGUCAGAGUCUAACAAAAACGAACUUUUCCCCAUUUCUACCACCAUAGUUGAUCCCCAAGUCAUUGGUCAGAAUUAUGAUAAUUCCCUUACCCUCCAGGAACUCCUGGACCUCCCACCAUUGGAUUAUACCACCCAAAAUCAUUUAAGAGACGAAUAUAAUAAAUUACAUAGUGAAAUCAUCAAGUUGAAUUUCUAUCAAUGUAACUACUGGAAUUACAUCAGAGAGAUCAUUAAGCUUAGUAGUAUGUUCUUAUAUGCGGUAUCGUUCUUCAAAUUGGGUUAUUUAUCCCUUAGUGCCAUAAUACUCGGUUUAACUUGGCAACAAGGUACUUUCAUAGCUCACGAUGCCGGUCAUUUAUCCAUAUCCCAUGAUUAUUACAUAGAUAAUGUGUUUGGAAUUGUUAUAGCUGAUUUCUUCGGAGGUUUAAGUCUUGGUUGGUGGAAGAAAAAUCAUAAUGUUCAUCAUUUAAUCACUAAUGAUCCCGUUCAUGAUCCAGAUAUUCAACAUUUACCCUUCUUUGCCGUAUCCACCAGGUUAUUUACCAAUGUUUAUUCCACCUAUUACGAUAAAAUCUUGGAAUUCGAUGCUUUUGCUAAAUUUAUGAUCCCUUUCCAAAAAUAUUUGUAUUACGUAAUCUUAUCUUUUGGAAGAUUUAAUUUAUAUAGAUUAUCAUGGACAUAUUUGAUUAUGGGAGAAAGUCCUAAGAAAGGUAAAGCUGCAUGGUUUAGAUAUUUGGAGUUCAUUGGAUUAUCAUUCUUCACUUAUUGGUAUUUUUACUUCUGGUGUUAUAAACUGAUCGAUACCAAUGGUGAUAGGUUUAAGUUCCUUUUCCUUUCAAACUUUGCUAGUUUCAUUGUUCAUGUUCAAAUCACGUUAUCGCACUUCGCUAUGUCAACGGCAGAUUAUGGAGUUAGUGAAUCUUUCGUUAUGAGACAACUCAGAACUACCAUGGACGUGGAUUGUCCAAAAUGGUUUGAUUUCUUUCAUGGAGGUUUACAAUUCCAAUCCAUUCAUCAUUUAUUCCCUCGAUUACCAAGACAUAACCUUAGAGAUGUCCAACCUUUAGUUAUCAACUUCUGUAAUAAAGUAGGAUUGAAAUAUUCUAUCUAUGGCUUUGGUAAAGGGAAUGAAAUCGUCAUAUCCAAAUUGGGAGAUAUUGGGAAACAGUGUCGGAUCAUGUUAGAAGCUGCGGAUAAAUUUGGAUUAGAAGAUUAUACUCCAUAG